AGCUUGUGUCCUUGGUCACAGUGAAUACAUGGAAGACCCCCCAAAGAGGCAGCAGGUUCUUGGUGGACAGCUCUCAUAUCCCCUCCCAGGAACACGAUGAGAAAGGUCUUUGGAAAAAUAGCUUUAUGAAGGCCAGAGGAAAUUUAUGCACCAGCAAGGCAUGUCGGAAAGCUCCUCAGGUCGAAACACAAGCAGUCAGAUUUGUGCAUCUGAUUCAUCGUAUUGCUCCAAUCUGAGUGAGUCAUACACUCGGUCAGCUCUGUCAAGGAACAGAAGGUUUCAUCCACAUUCAGAUUCUGGAAUAUCAUCCCUGCUUCCAUCAGACUCCUUUAAGUUCCUCACUUGGCACAAGGUAGAACAACAUGACAUUCAAGGAAGUCAGCUGCGUUGCCCAAGAAUAAGAGAAGGACCCUCCACAGAAGAGUUGCUCUUCAGACAGGAGGAGUGUGUCUUACCCGCUCGGAAAAGAGUCCUUGAAAAAAAUAAAUGGGAAACAUGGCUACAAGAAAACUGGGAGGACUGCACGAAUUUGAACCUUUCAUUUCAGGAUUUGGGGGACCCUUAUCAAGUUGCAAAUUUUAACAGGAUUCUUAGAAGACUAAUUCGAGUCGAAACCCUCUGGUUAGUGGAUAAUUCACUGGUGGACUUAAGUGCCAUAAGACUGCCAAGAUGCAGAGUUUUAAAUAUGAACAAAAACCAUCUCACAUCUUUUAAACAAUUGCCAAAGAUACCCCAGAUACAGCAUUUAUCUUUGGCUGAAAACCAUAUUGAGUCUCUGACUGGGCUCUCCAGUUUACAGUGCACCCCACUAGAAUCCCUCAUGCUCAAGAGGAACCCUUGUGAGUUUCAUCAAAAUUACCGGAAACGAUCCUUCAAAAAGAAGAGAGCACAGUUCAAAAGAGAAAAAAACUUACUGAUAAAGCUCAUAGUAGUGUUCUCCUGUUUGCCAAACUUAAAAACGCUGGAUGGAAUCCUGAAGCUACCAGAAGAUUCUUCACCACCAGAAACCAAUAUUUUUUCGCAGCUCUGUGUUAUAUCCUAAUGCAAUCUGUAUGGAAAGAAAUCACCAUUGUCUCUAAAAGCUGAUAAAUAUAGGAGAUGCAUAACUAAA